AUGCUGGACCCCAUCAAUGGGGAAUAUUAUCUAAUCGUUGUCGACGCUUUUUCAAAGUGGCCAGAAAUUUAUCCAACCAAAACUAUAUCAGCUCAACGUACUGUUGAAAUCAUGGAGGAUAUUUUCGCUCGUUUUGGUAUACCGGAAACCCUGGUUACUGAUAACGGAACUCAAUUUAUUUCCGAAAAAUUCCAAUCAUUUUGCCUAUCAUACGGUAUACAGCAUCUACGUACACCGCCUUUUCAUCCCAGUUCAAAUGGCCUAACCGAAAGAUUCGUGGAUACCUUCAAGAGGGGACUCCAAAAACUUACCGGUGGGGAGAACAUCCGUAAUCAUUUACCUAUAUUUCUCAAACAGUACAGAUCUACUCCUAACGUAAAUGUUCCAAAUAAGGUCUCUCCUGCCGAGGCACUGAUAGGUAGACCUAUGCGCACAGUUCUGGAUUUACUUAAACCAUCCAUCCGUCAACAGCCGCAGAAGGACGACAUUAAACUACGUCAAGAACAACAAUUCAAUCGCAAGCACGGAGUAAAAUCUAAAGCUUUUGAAGUAGAUUCAGAGGUUUACGUCAAGAUCUAUAACAUUAACAAAUGGAAAUGGAUUCCAGGAAAAAUAGUAGAACGCAUCGGACAAGUUUUAUAUAACGUAGCAGUUCCGACAAGACAGCGUUUAGUCAGGGCUCACGCAAAUCAAUUGAGACCCCGUUUCUCUGUUGAAACUAAAGAAUCUCCACAGGAUGAAUAUGUAAUUGAAUAA